GUGCCCCAAAGGACUUCAUGAAUAUCGAGGGUUUUUUAUUCAUUUAAAUUAUUCCUUUUUAAAUGCGCGUUUGGUCUGAAAACCUUGCGAUGGUCAUCCGAACGAGUCGCUGCAUGCUGGAAAUCAUUUUGAAAUGUCCGCCUUCUGCUGAAAGUUUCUGAAGUCCCGAUUUGAUUUUUGAGGCGAAAACUUGGCACCCUUGUGGAUCACGAGACUUUCUACGAGCAAGAAAAACGUAAAAGUCUUGCUGAGAAAUGGACGAUUCUGGUGGUUAGACGAGCAUUCAUUAACGAACAAAAUGGAGCGCAUGCAAAGCAAUUCGACCUUUGAGAACGAAGCAGUACGUUUACUGAGGUGUGCGAAUUUUGCUGCAAUUAAACACGCCAGACAACGGAGGAAAGACCCCCAACAAACGCCUUACAUUAAUCAUCCACUGGGCGUAGCUCAAAUACUGGCAGACGAAGGGGGGAUCACAGACGUCGAAGUGCUCAUGGCAGCCGUUCUUCACGACACAGUCGAAGACACGGACACGACCUUCGAGGAAAUCGGGUCACACUUUGGCCCCAGAGUUCGCGAAAUCGUGGAACAAGUCACGGACGACCCGGGAUUAUCCUGGCAAGAACGGAAGCACAAUCAAAUCCUGAAUGCCAGACGCUCCACUUACGAGGCGAAACUGGUGAAACUAGCCGACAAGCUGUACAACUUGCGGGAUAUCAAUCGCGCGUAUCCGGUCGGGUGGACCGAGAUCCGGGUCCAGAGGUACUUUGACUGGGCUCGCCAGGUUUGCAGCGGACUGGAAGGAACGAACCCGCUGCUGGAAGACAAGUUGCGGCAAGUUUUCCACGCGAGACAGCGUUAUACGGAAGUUCACAAGAAAUGCGUGGACAUCCCGGGGCACGAGUGUGUUCCGGACUACGAAGCCCCGCAGAGAGUUCAGACUGACGAGAACUUGGUGGGGUCCAAGCCGGAGACUCGGAAAGAGUCUCGGCUGACGCUC